CUUCUUUCCUCCAAAACCACCACGCAAGAUGACAAUCUACCACGUUGUUCUGUUCAAAUUUAAGGCUCUGGUGCCGGUGGAGGAAGUACGAGCUGCAUGCGACCGGAUGCUAGCUCUGAAAACCAACUGCGUCCACCCUGAGACUAAGCAGGAAUAUGUGCAGACCUCAGUAGGAGGAAAGGAUAACAGCCCGGAGGGACUUGCGGAUGGCAUCACCCAUGCGUUCAUUAGCCAGUUCGAGAACGAGGAGGAUAGGAAGUACUAUUUGACGGAUGAUCCUGCUCAUUUGAGUUUCACGAAGAGUAUUGGGCCACUCUUGGAUAAAGCGCAGGUCAUUGACUUCAUGCCUGGUGUCUUUUAAUCAAGAAUUCAUGGAAUUUGCUGUCAACGAGCGUGAUUCUGAGUCGAGCCCAUAGACUUUUCCUAUGAACGGAAGAUUUGGACAGUGAAAAUGGUAUCUACGAAAGCAUGGUAGAAGGCUAGUAGUUUUUCCCGGAUGUAUCUAAUAUGUCAGCAAGGUGGUAACAGGAUUGCUUUGUAGAAGUUGCCAGACCUCGUGACAAGACAGUACACUGGCUUGGGUUGUGCAAGAUCCCAUGACAAAUAUUGAUAUCGAUAUAUCCCUUCUCUGCUGUUUGAUCAGUC